AUGGAGAAAUCCCCUGACAAGCUAAACAGUAAGAAUGGAUCGACAGCUCCUGGAGUACCAGAGGCUGGAAAGGACAGUCCUGCACCCACUGCAGAAGGUGCUGCAGAAAUGAGCAGAGCAGGACCCCCAACAGAAAACACUGCAGAUACGAAGAGACUGGGAGUCACUGAAGAAUGUGUUAAAGAAAUGGAGAGACCUUCAGGCACAGAGCGAGACAGUCCUGCUGCCUUUAAACCAGCGAUUUCAGACAGAGGCUGUCCAAACUCAAAGCCUCUCGUUGUGCUAACAAAUGCAAACUCUGCCGAAGUGUGCAGUUUUGAAAUGAAGCACCAGUGCUCAAUUGCAACAUCUUUCGAUAUGGACUGCCUAGUCUGCUUCAACAAGUACAACAUCUACAGAGUACCAAAGCUCCUGGAGUGCCAGCAUGCCUUCUGCGCCGUCUGCCUCAAGCUCAUCCUCAGGAAAGAAGAGAGUAACUGGAUAAUCACCUGCCCCCUGUGCAGAAAAGCCACUUUUGUGUCAGGAGGACUCAUCCGCACGCUUCAAAAUAAAGAAGACUUCAUGGCGCACUUGGAAAACCCCGAUUCAAGUCCUGAGGUACACAUCUCUGCCAUAAGCAAUAGCUGGUCUCAGACCAGCCAAGACGCUUUACGCAGAGAUGAAAAUGUUCCAGCAGACAACAGACUGGCUAUCCAGAGACUCGUGCUACUCCUGCUGCUUGUGGUGAUUCUCACUAUCCUCAUCCUCCCCUUUAUAUAUUCUGGGCUGGUAAAAUGGGUUAUUUGUCUCAUGCUUACUUUGGGGUUGGUCAUGUGUAUGGUGCUUUGCUGCGCUCCUAAAUUCUCCUGGAGGUGUAACAGGGACUCGCUCACCUCCUGCCGCAAGGAGAGCCACAUCACAGCUAUUGCCUGAAACAAUUAAUGUGCGUUGCCGAGAGAUAAUGGACUG